AUGCCAAACGUGCCAUUAGCCGGAGUGGUUGCGAAAAACGUUGUUCCGCCUGACCCGGUUCGAGUAGAAGUGGUCUGCGGCGACGAGCGUUGCAACAAUUAUGCUGCAAAACUGCCGUUUACUGGAGCGGAAGCAGGUGAUUCUUCGACGAUUCCGACGACGAUUGUUCGUCCUUUAGCUACGAGCGUCAAGUCGUCAUCCUCCUUUAGUCAGCAGCAAGUUCAGGUUCCGCCGAAGCGUAGCGUCGCUCAAGUGCACCCGAUUCAGUCGGCUCCCAGCAAGAAGGCGUCCGUGCCAACGAUGUUGCAAGAGUCGCCCCGCCCGCAGCCGGUCGGCGUUUGUUCGUUGCAUGAUCCCCGUCAUUAUUCUUCGGACGUGAGGGAUAAGUUGUCAUCCGGCAUGCGCCCCUUCAAACCGCCAGUGCCAAAGAAGCCUGGAAGCGUGUCGCUGCACCAGGACCUGUCGUCGCCUCUUGCCCCUUCGUAUCACUGGGAGACAACAACGAAGCAGUGCCAUACGACGACGGCGAAGACAACCGCUAUCGAAUGCGGUGAUCCGGCGGCAGGCGUUGGCACGGAGUCGAUUAGCAGCGACCAUCCGUCGCUGGUGGCGACAAAGUUCAUGAUCGACAAUGAUCAGAGGUACGGACGCGACAAUCUUUCAUCUAUGGGAUGCAAGGAUCGCAUUGGUGACACCGGAAACAAGGACGAUUUGUACGACACAGACGUGACGCUACUGCCGUCAGGACCUAUUUCUUAUUUAAAUGAGUUGCUGGAGAACUUGCUUAACAAAUGGCCUGCGGAAUCUUGUUAUUCUGGUCGACCGUCACUCAGCGGAUCGCGACGCACCGGUGAUGACAUCCAAUUUGGCGAUAUCAAGACCACAGGCGGAAUCUCAAGCGUCAAUACCGACCUGGACAAAGAGAAGGCAGGCGCUUUGAUUGCAAUUUCUUCUCGUUUGUCGUUUUCAUAG